AGGGUCUAGAAAUGCCAGUGUUAUCUAGUAUAUAGUAAGAGCCUACUAGGAGUAUAAACCGAGCUAGUUGCACUUCUGUUUUCCCCACCUACGAAGUUCAUCCGUCAACAAUAAUCAACAACAAACAACGCAAUCUCACCUCGAUCUUCUGUCACGUUCCGGUCCAAUUACUAUUUUCUCAUCCAGUUAUACUCUCGAAAAGACACAGUUUUCAAGUUUCUUGCCACACUGAAAUAUCGAAAUGGUCGCAACGCAAAAAUUAUACCCUCGCGCAACCGUGAAGCGCAUCGUCAAAGCUCAUGCUGGCCGCAACAUCAGCAAAAACACAGACGUCUUAGUGUUUCUAGAUUACAUUCUAUUCAUGCAAGAACUCAUGCGAGAAGCAUCGAUUCGUGCGAGAAGGUCGGGCGAGAAGUCUAUUUCGGCAAGAAGUAUUCGCAAAGUCACCGAGUCUACGCUGCGGAGGAUGAGAGGAUAAGAGUUAUUUGGCCACUUUUCUCUAUUGUUCGGUUUAUGGAGCCAAGGAAACAUGGUCAUGAGGUAUACGGGUUACGGCGUUACAGAAUGGAUGGUUUGAUUGGAAUCUGCUCCUGGGAUCAUGUUAAGCAAAUUGCGAUACCCUCUGCGCGUCUUUUGUGAUAUUUUAAUACAUUUCCGGGCCUCAACUGAAUUUAAACGCAUUUUGGUAGCCUGAAACUAAUAAGUGCAAUGAAAAUUCCCCGUAG